GGAAGUGAUGGAAAAGUUCACAAGGACAGGGAAGUGAUGGAGAAAGGUUCAGAAGGACAGGGAAGUGAUGGAAAAGUUCACAAGGACAGAGAAGUGAUGGAGCAAUGUUUACAAGGACAGGGAAGUGCUGGAGGAAGGUUUACAAGGACAGGGAAGAUGGAGGAAGGUUCACAAGGACAGGGAAGUGAUGGCGGAAGGUUCACAAGGACAAGGAAGAUGGAGGAAGGUUCACAAGGACAGAGAAGUGCUGGAGGAAGGUUCACAAGGACAAGGAAGAUGGAGGAAGGUUCACAAGGACAGAGAAGUGCUGGAGGAAGGUUGACAAGGACAGGGAAAUGCUGGAGGAAGGUUCACAAGGACAGGGAAAUGCUGGAGGAAGGUUCACAAGGAGAGGGAAGAUGGAGGAAGGUUCAGAAGGACAGGGAAGUGCUGGAGGGAGGUUCACAAGGACAGGGAAGUGAUGGAAAAGUUCACAAGGACAGGGAAGAUGGAGGAAGGUUGACAAGGACAAGGAAGCGCUGGAGGAAGGUUCACAAGGACAGGGAAGAUGGAGAAAGGUUGACAAGGACAGGGAAGCGCUGGAGGAAGUUCACAAGGACAGGGAAGCGGUGGAGGAAGGUUCACAAGGACAGGAAAGCUCUGGAGGAAGGUUCACAAGGACAGGGAAGAUGGAGGAAGGUUCACAAGGUCAGGGAAGUGCUGGAGGAAGGUUCACUAGGACAGGGAAGUGCUGGAGGAACGUUUACAAGGACAGGGAAGUGAUGGUAAAGUUCACAAGGACAGGGAAGUGAUGGAAAAGUUCACAAGGACAGGGAAGUGCUGGUGGAAGGUUCACAAGGACAGGGAAGUGAUGGAGGAAGGUUCACAAGGACAGGGAAGUGAUGGAGGAAGGUUCACAAGGACAGGGAAGUGCUGGAGGAACGUUUACAAGGACAGGGAAGUGAUGGUAAAGUUCACAAGGACAGGGAAGUGAUGGAAAUGUUCAGAAGGACAGGGAAGUGCUGGAGGAAGUUUCACAAGGACAGGGAUGUGAUGGAAAAGUUCACAAGGACAGGGAAGUGAUGGAAAAGUUCA